CUGCCCCCUCUCACUUCCUGUUCCUGGGAUAGUAGCGGCCGCUCCCCCCACCCCCCAGAGGAGGAGGGAUCUCCAUGCUCUCCCGGAUCGGUGUGACAGCGUCAGGCGCCGGUCGGCCGGUGUCGGUGGCCCGGGUUCCCGGGUAGGCACCAUGCCCAUCUUCUCCGCGGUGCUCCUGGCGUUCCUGCUGCUGGUGGUCUGCGCCCUGCUGCUAGGACGAUGGCUGCUUUAUCGCCUGGCCAGUAGCUGGUGUCAGAGGAAACUUGGAGCAGAGUUGAAGAUUGGAAGCCUUGGAUUCUUAUGGUUCCAGAACAUCAGUCUGAAGUUUGGGAAGCAUCAGCAGCAAACUUUGGAAAUUGACAGUGUCUGGUUAUCUAGCAAGCUGCUGAACCAUGAGUUACCCCAUUACUUUGCACUGUGUUUUGGAGAAGUGCGCAUUCGAACAGACCUACAAGGGUUAUCACCAGCGCAACCACAGGUUCCUGAUGUCACAUCAGAACAUGUUAAGAAAAGAGCCUUUAACCCGUCAGUGCUGAAAAUCUUAUCGCAGCUCCUGUCUGUACACUUGGACUCUGUGAAUAUCAUGGUUCUCAAUGUGGCCGUCUCAGAGUCUCUGUGGCACAUGACCUUAACAAAGACCGCCAUCGUCCUGGACAGUGAUGGGAAAAGAAUGGACUGCACGCUGAGCCUUAACCAGCUGACCAGCAAGUUACUAAAGAGCAGUAAGCAACAGGAUGAAGCCUGUCUGGCAGAGCUCUCCCUUGCUCUUACUGUUGAAUGCAGCAUCAAUGAGAAGAGCUUGCAGGCCGUCGGUCUGAGGGUGCGGAGUCUACAUGCAGAGGUCCAUGAGAGUUUCUUCCACAGUGACCUGCUGCAGAAACGACUGGUUUCAGCAGUGCGGGAUAACGCUCAAGACGGCAGCGGUACAGAGGAACAGGCAAACACAGGAGACAUCACAGCUCCUAGGUGGCUGCAGCUGGUAGAGCGAUUACCUUGCAAGCUGGAUGUUGCCUUCGAAAGCAGCACUGUUGUCCUGUCCAUGAACAGUCAGCAAAGGCACUUAAACUGGACUCUGAAACUCCUAAAGUUUUCUUAUACAAGGGAGGAGGAUCAGCUGCCCAUGCGAAAGUUCAUAGGCACUUCAGAACUGUCACAAAUGAGCGCUGAUCUUCUAAUAGAAGAUGGUUUAUUAUUGUCACAGAGCCGACAAAGGAUCCUUUGCCUAAAUCAUUUGAAGGCUGGUGUUCAGGUCACCUCUAUAGAUAUCCAGAGUAACGUGGCUCUUAAUACUUGCAUCAUUCAUUACCGCCACCAGGAGUUCUCUCAUUGGUUCAGCUUGCUGGCGCUGGAUCGCCAAAUACAGAGGGUCUCUAAAGCCUCAACCAAAAAUGAACGACCACUUCCUGUGAUAUUAGCCCCGAUAGUUUUCAACUCCAGCAUCUCGAAUGUGAACGUGUCUGUCCAGUUUGGUGAAGCACAGCCCUUCACUGUCGGAUUUUCGUCCGUUUCACUGGAGUUCAAGCACCUCCGUACACAGAAUCUCCACCAGAGGGCGCUACUGUCUGUUAGCAAUCUGUGCUGGAGAGUGGGCAAAGAUUCUCACAUCCAGCAAGCCCUGCAUCCACUAAACACACACAUAUGGGGUGAGGCCUUUGUGCUUGAUUCCUUUAGCUUACAGGGCAGCUACAACCAGUCGCUGGGUGUAGGCAUCAUGCAAGCUGAUACCCUCUUCAUAGAAUCCACUGUGCAAGGACUACAGGUAGAGUUUUCAGAUACAUGUGCAGAAUGUCUCUCACGUGUACUGAGUCUGAUGCCUGUAGCUGAUCAUCCUGUGCCAGCCUUACAAGACCCAGUCUCUCCUGUUUCCCCGAGUGGUGAAGCCCUUCUCUGGAAAGUGGAUGCCCGGGUGGAAGACGUGAACUUGUUUACAUUGUCCACUUUAGUGGGUGCUGUUCAGGUGAGGAUCGACCUACUUACCCUAGUAGGAAGCGCAGAGAGCUGCAGUCUGAGCCUGCAAGGUGUGGCCGGGUCUCUGUUGAAGUCUCUCACUGAGAAAAUGGAACCGUGUUGUAAAGCCCUGGAACAAAAUGACCCUCUGCUCUACUUCUCCGUUUUGUCCAUAUCUUACUACACCACUAUACAGGCUUUAGAGGUGCAAUGUGGGGAAGAGCUGGACUUGCACUGGAGUCCCUGGGACCACAUGUACUUGUAUCAGCACAUCUUGUCUGCCCUGCAGAGCCGGGAUCUGCUGAUCACAACUUUAGACAGAAGAUCUCAGCUGUCAGAGUCGGGCAGACAUGUGUCAGGGGAGCCUUCACCACCUUCACCUCAGCAGUCACACAGCCCAGUUGCAGAAAGUCCAGGCCUUCAUCGAAAGGGAAUGCAGAUCACCAUGGAGUUGAGUUCUGUGAAGCUACAUGCUGCUGUUUGCAAGGAGAACUAUUUUCUGUUCAGAGCUCACAGAGUCUGGCUCAGUCAGCAUGGAGGCUCGCUUCAGCUACGAACUCCCGAAGUCACAGUCAAUGCUGAUGGUCACAGUAUCUUUCUGUUCAAAGAUUUAGAGGCGCAGAGAAUGCCUGAACUGGAAGAAAUGUUGUUACAUCGGAGCCACUUUAAUUCUCUCCUCACAGAGAGGAACCGUGCAUGGGUGCUGGAUGUUAACAGCGUCUCCAUUGAGUUUCCUCACCGCUAUGACUUCUCCUACAUACUUGAUGAGGCCAUAGGAGUGCAGAAGUGGCUGAAAGGUCUUCAUCGCUCUCCACGGACUCAGCCAGAGCCUCUCCCUCCAGACCUUGUCCUAAGAGUUAAGCAGUUCUCAUUUGCAUUCUUGGAUGAUGUCUUUGAAGUGAAACUGAGAGAUAAUUAUGAGCUAAUGAAAGAUGAGAGUAAGGAGAGCGCCAAAAGGUUAAGGCUGCUCGAUGACAAGGUGGCUGCCCUACGCAAACAACAUGGGGAGCUAUUGCCAGCCCGAAAAAUUGAAGAGCUUUACACAUCCUUGGAAAAGAAAAACAUUGAAAUAUACAUCCAGCGCUCCCGUCGUCUUUAUAGCAAUACCCCCAUGCGGAAGUCGCUGCUAACCUGGACUAUGUCAGAUCUUGAAAUAGUGGCCUUAGCCGAUGAGUCUCUGCAUGGGCUGGACAAAGUGUUGGACAAUAUGAGGGACAUUGACAGUGUCAGCCCUUUCCCCUCUGAGGGGCUACCACUUGUUAUCCAGUGGUGCCGCAUGAUGAAGUGCUCUCUGAAAACAUUUUAUGUGCGGAUCCGUGACUACCCUAGAUAUCUCUUUGAGAUCCGGGACUGGCAUCUUUCUGGGAGACUGCUGGGUGCUGAGCAACUUGGACAGGCCAGUGCACGCAGAAAGCAAGUUGUACAAUUAGGAGCUCCAUGGGGCGAUUCCACAGUGGAGAGGAACAUGCCACCAUUAAAGUUCUUCCAUGACUUUCACUCUGAAAUUCAGCUAUACACCAUCGUUUGGGGACCUUGUUGGGACCCAGCCUGGACCUUAGUAGGGCAGUAUGUUGACCUUCUUACCAAACCUUCUGUGGACCCCAGUGCUCCAUUACCAUGGUGGGACAAGAGCAGGCUGCUGCUUCAUGGACAUUUCAGCAUGGACAUUGAACAAGCUAAUCUUCAUCAACUGGCAACUGAGGACCCAUAUAAUACCACGGAGAACAUGCACUGGGAGUGGAACCGGCUUAAGUUCACCUGGAAUCCAGGGCAGUUCGUCUUUAAAGGGGACUUAGAUGUCAAUGUCCGCACAGCUUCCAAGUAUGAUGAUUGCUGCUUCCUUCACUUGCCGGACCUCUGUAUGACUUUCGAUAUGCAGUGGCUGUGCCACGGAAACCCACAUGAUCACCAUAGUGUAGCACUUCGCUCCCCUGACGUCAUUGCAGAAUUCUCCGCCAUUCAGCCUCAUGACUCUUAUCGUGCCUUCCGUUCCGAGAACCUCAUACUCUCAAUCAAAAUGGAUUUAACCCAGUCGCAUGCUGAAGUCUGCCAGCCUCGAAUCUUGGUUUACAGCACUACCUUACGCUGGAUGCAGAAUUUCUGGGCCACGUGGAGCAGUGUGGGUCGCCCAAUCUGCCGGGGAAAACUUUUUAAUAACUUGAAGCCAGGAAAAAAGAAGCUGGGACAGCACUAUAAGCAGCUUUCUUACACUGCCUUAUUUCCACAACUGCAGAUCCACUAUUGGGCAUCAUUUGCACAACAGCGUGGAAUCCAGGUUGAAUGCAGCCAGGGCGAAAUCUUUACACGCGGAGUGCAGAGGCUUAUCCCACAAGCUGGCACGGUAAUGCGUCGCCUAAUCUCAGAAUGGAGUGUGCCCCAGAUGACCAGCAAAUUGAACCUGGUGACCGUGCAUCUGAUGGCUUCUGCUUGUGAUGAAACCGCAGACCACCAGAUUGACAAUCUUGUGCAGAAAACCCAUCUGCUCAGCCUAUCGUCACUGAGUUAUGAAAGACAGGAAUUGUCUGCGACUGGUGAGGAGAACCCUACAUACACCCAUCGCUUGCACCUGGUCGAUCUUCGUGCAUCAUGGACAACAUUAAACAGAGAUAUAGCAUUUGGGCUGUACGACGGCUACAAAAAAGCAGCCAUACUGAAGCGCAAUCUUUCCACAGAGGCCUUAAAAGGACUAAAAAUUGAUGCACAACUUCAAACUAAGAAGAUAAAACGGGGCUCCAUGCGCGGCUUUCCUCCACCCAAAAAAGUUGCACCACCUGUUGUUACUGGACGGAUUGAGAGAUCUCCAUCAGGAGGAGCAGACAUGCUGCAGAAGCUCAUUGAAGAGACUGAUAAGUUUGUGGUGUUCACAGAAGAAGAAUCUGGAGUGAGUGAGCAGUUGUGUGGUAAAGCUGCCUGUCAAGACAACGAUAUCUACAACCACAACUGGCUCAUUGAGCUGGUAAACUGCCAGAUGGUGCUACGAGGAGCGGAAACUGAAGGUUGCGUGAUUGUGUCUGCAGCAAAAGCUCAGCUCUUGCAGUGCCAACAUUAUCCUUCCUGGUAUGGAGACACUCUUAAGCAGAAGACUUCGUGGACAUGCCAGCUGGACAGCAUGCAGUACUUUGCCACCACUGAGAGCAAUCCAAGCGAUGGAGAAGAUAGCCAACGUUGGCUGGAGGUUAAGAACAUUGAGGAGCAUCGUCACAGGAAUCUGGACUCUGUGCAGGAGCUCAUGGAGAGUGGCCAAGCAGUUGGAGGCAUGGUCAGCACCACCACAGAUUGGAGUCAUCCUGCAGAGGCUCAACAACACCAGCAGGUGCAGAGAAUAAUCUCCCGCUGCAAUUGCCACAUGUACUACAUCAGCUACAGUCACGACAUAGACCCUGAGUUGGCUUUACAAAUCAAACCUCCCCCAACGCCAUUACAUCCAGAAAAAGAAGACUUGCUGAAAGGACAAGAAGCUGCUGCUGAUACCUUUACUUUAAAACACCAGCACCUGGAAAUUUCCACCAACCCUGCACAAUAUGAAAUGAUUUUGGAUAUUGUCAACAAUUUGCUAUUGCACGUGGAGCCAAAGCGAAAGGAGCACAGUGAGAAAAAGCAGCGUGUACGUUUCCAGUUGGAGAUCUCCAGUAACCCUGAGGAGCAGCGAAGCAGCAUCUUACAUCUCCAGGAAGCCGUUCGCCAACACGUGUUACAAAUACGACUGCUGGAGAAGCAAAUGUAUUCUGUUGUAAAGUUGCUUCAUGAUGAAAGCAAGAAUGAGUCUUUGAAUGAGCAACACCUUAAACUACAGGGACAGCUCUUCCAGGAGAAGACGGACUUGCAGCAGAAGAGUGAAGAACUGAAUAUCCUCAUUAGAUGCUUUAAAGACUUCCAGCUACAGAGGGCAAAUAAGAUGGAAUUGCGCAAGCAGCAAGAAGAUGUGAGCGUGGUUCGCCGUACUGAAUUCUACUUUGCCCAGGCACGAUGGAGACUCACGGAGCAGGACGGGCAGUUGGGCAUUGCAGAGCUAGAACUGCAGAGGUUCCUGUAUAGCAAGGUCAAUAAGUCUGAUGAUACUGCUGAGCAUCUGCUAGAACUGGGCUGGUUUACAAUGAACAAUCUGCUCCCUAAUGCCGUUUACAAGGUGGCCCUUAGACCACAGAGUCCUGCUCAGUCAGGCAGACAACUUGCACUGAGACUGUAUAGCAAAGUCCGUCCACCUGUAGGAGGCAUCUCCAUAAAAGAGCACUUUGAGGUCAAUGUGGUUCCUCUAACCAUUCAGCUCACACAUCAGUUCUUCCAUAGGAUGAUGGGAUUCUUCUUCCCAGGACGCAGUGUAGAAGAAGAGGAGGUUGGAGAUGAGGAGGAUAAAUCAAAACUUGUUACAACAGGCAUGCCGGUGGUAAAGCCAAGGCAGCUCAUUGUGGCAGAGGAUGCUGUGUCUCUAGGCCCAGGCAAGGGUAGUGGACAGGGUUUAAAUCGGACAACGGGAGUCAGACGUUCAUUUCGGAAAGCACCUGAGCAUCCUGUUGACGAUUUGGACAAAAUGAAGGAGCGAGCUGCCAUGAACAAUUCAUUCAUCUACAUUAAAAUUCCUCAGGUGCCUCUCUGUGUCAGCUACAAGGGUGAGAAGAACAGCGUGGACUGGGGAGACUUGAACCUAGUGUUACCUUGUCUGGAGUAUCACAACAAUACCUGGACAUGGCUGGACUUUGCCAUGGCAGUGAAGAGAGAUAGUCGAAAGGCCCUAGUGGCCCAGGUCAUUAAAGAGAAACUACGUCUUAAACCGGCUGCUGGGGCAGAAACAAAAAGCAAAAGUGAGGUAAAGACAGACAUGAAUCAGCAGGAGGAGGAUGAGAAAGCUCGGCUGCUAAUUGGACUCAGUGUCAGUGAUAAGAACACUGGAAAGAAGUCCAUAUUCAGCAGGAGGAAAAUGUGAAAAGUGCACUUGUACAGGCUGGUGUGGAGGAUCGUAGAAAACUGUAGUUUCAGAUUGUUUUGUGAUGGAAGCUAUGUUAUUGGUAUCCUAUCCCGGGUUGGAUUCUGGAAUGGCUUUCCAUGAGAAGACAUUGAGCUUUUUGUUCUUUAAUAGAACAAAAUAGGAUUUUAUAUGUGGAGCAUUAAGUCUCUAUCUAUGCUGCAGUACUGACCGUGAGGAUGGUGACGCAUGACAGAGCGCCUUAAUACAGAUCCCCUCUUUUCUUGUACUCUCUCCAUCCUUUGAGACAAUGCAACUAAAACUCGCAUAUCUGCCGGGUUUUGUAAUCAGAAAGUACAUUCAGUGAAUGUUAUAUGGAUGGAUAGUUAUCCCGAGAUGUUAGAUGUGGGUCAUACAUGUACAACCCCUUUCAUGUGUCUGUGGCAACUCUCCUACCAAAAGCAGAGGCCUACACAAAGUAUAUGACUUAUAGGAUGGGGGGGAGCCAGUCCAGCACUGCAGUGAUGUUUCCAUUAUUUCCAUUGUCUAUUGACACUGUUCACUGGUAAUUCCAUUACCACUGUCCUCGAAGGCAAGAAAGGGUCGUUAAACUAGAUCACACUGGGGAAACCCUGCUUACUAAUGCUGUGCACUUUGUAACAUAUACACUUGCUCGAGAUCUGCUGUCUGAAAUGAGUCACUCACUGCUCAACAAUAAGGGUCUAGGUAACACGGCAAUUAUUGUAUUGUAUUGAAUAUUUUGGGCCCAAAACGUCUUAAGCUCUCUCUUACCUCGCAAUUAAAUCUGUUGCUGCAAGAAGGAUCUUCAUAGAUAAUUGUUUCCUAUAAAUGAAUAUAGCUUCCUGAUCACAAAGCAGAUAUUUAUUUUUCAAGAGAUUAAUUUGUAACCAAUAAUCCAGAUGUCAUUGUUCAGUUGCCUAUUCUUUUUUUUUCCCCCCUCCUUUAUGCACCCCACCGCCAACACCCUGUUAGGGUUAUGUAAUCCUCCGCCGCAUAGGUGGGGAUGAAUUUAAUUUUGUGGCAAUACAUCUAAUGAUUAAUGUGUGAGAGCAUUUCUAGAGGUGGUGUUUAACUUUUUAUAAAUGUGUACAUAUAUAUAUUUAUAUGCAUUGAGGCGGGGCUGGGUGCAGUCAUUGCUGCUACAUAGGUGUAUAAAAUCCUGCUCUCAUCUCCAGACAUUUGCACUUUUUGGUAUGGAUUGCUCUCCACCAACAACAAUUAAAAUUCAGAUUGUUACUUUUAAAA